AAAAGCAGCAGAAGAAAACCCUAAGCUGACACAAAAACCCUGGUUUCUCUUCUCUCCUCCAAUCCGAACAGAAGCCGAGAAAGAAGAAGCAGAGGGCACGUAGUCUUACAAUGGCGGGUACUGUUCAUGAAGCCACCAAAGCCGUCUCUGAUAUUGAACUCAAUUCUGCUGAAGAAACCAUUAGCAAAAAUGCCCGCAAAAAGGAGCUGAAGAAUAAGCAGAAGGAGGAGGAGAGGAAGCGCAAAGAGGAAGAGCGAGCCAAGCAGGCAAUACUUUGAGAAUAGGCUCAAAUAUCUCGAAGCACAGAAGAGUGAAGCGAAAAAUCCUUAUCCUCACAAGUUCUUUGUUACUCUUACAAUUUCUGAGUAUGUAGACAAGUUUGGGAGUCUGAGCAAUGGAGAGCAUCUUGAAGAUGUUUCUGCUUCUUUGGCUGGUUUGUCAACAGCCAAGUUCACAAUUUUCUGUUUUUGCUGGAUCCACUUUGCUUAAUGAUCUUGUCUACUUGAUUGAUUUUGCUAGGCCGGAUCAUGACUAAACGUUCAUCCUCUUCAAAGCUCUUAUUCUACGAUCUGCAUGCUGGUGGUGCAAAGGUUCAAGUUAUGGCCGACGCAAGCAAGUCUGGCAUGGAGGAAGCUGACUUUUCGAGGUUUCACGCUGCUGUGAAGCGUGGUGAUAUUGUUGGUGUUACUGGAUUUCCAGGGAAAACAAAAAGAGGUGAGCUUAGCAUAUUCCCAAGAGAAUUUGUGGUCUUAUCUCAUUGUCUUCAUAUGAUGCCACGACAGAAAGCCGCGGCUGGCGCUGACAAUGCAAAUGUCAAGAAAGCUGAAGCCUGGCGUCCUGGAUUAACUAGGAAUCCUGAAACUUAUAUUUUAAAGGAUCAGGAAACAAGAUAUCGUCAGAGAUAUCUUGAUCUCAUGGUAAAUCCCGAAGUUCCCAACAUAUUCAUGACUAGAACGAAGAUAAUCAAAUAUAUCAGAAGCUUCCUGGACAACCUUAAUUUCUUGGAGGUUGAAACACCUAAUUUAAACAUGAUUGCUGGUGGAGCAGCUGCUCGCCCCUUUGUGACUCAUCACAAUGAUCUGAACAUGAGGCUGAAUAUGAGAAUAGCACCUGAACUUCCUCUGAAGCAGCUAGUUGUUGGUGGACUUCACCGUGUUUAUGAGAUUGGAAAACAAUUCAGAAAUGAGGGCAUUGACUUGACACAUAAUCCCGAGUUCACAACCUGCGAGUUCUACAUGGCCUUUGCUGAUUAUAACGACCUCAUGGAGAUCACCGAGGACUUGUUAAGUGGAAUGGUCAAGCAACUUACUGGUGGUUACAAGGUUAAGUAUCAUGCAAAUGGACUUGAUAAAGAUCCAAUAGAAAUUGACUUUACUCCCCCUUUCAGGAGGAUUGACAUGAUAGAGGAGUUGGAAAAGAUGGCCAACCUUAGCAUACCAAAGGAUUUUGCAAGUGAUGAGACUAACAAGUACCUGGCAGCUGCAUGCGAGAGAUUCGAUAUCAAAUGCCCUCCUCCUCUAACAACAGCUCGUCUGCUGGACAAACUUGUGGGGCACUUCCUGGAAGAGACUUGCACAAAUCCCACUUUUAUCAUCAAUCAUCCUGAAAUCAUGAGUCCGCUCGCAAAGUGGCAUAGAUCCAAACCAGGCUUGACUGAACGUUUUGAAUUGUUUAUCAACAAGCAUGAACUUUGCAAUGCAUACACUGAACUAAAUGAUCCUGUGGUGCAACGACAACGAUUUGCUGAUCAACUCAAGGAUCGACAGUCUGGUGACGACGAAGCAAUGGCUUUGGAUGAAACGUUUUGCACCGCUCUUGAAUAUGGUUUGCCUCCAACCGGUGGAUGGGGCCUGGGUGUUGACCGACUGACUAUGCUGCUAACCGAUUCACAGAACAUCAAGGAAGUACUUCUCUUCCCAGCUAUGAAGCCACAGGAUGAACCUCCCACUAAAGCAGCUGCAGCAGUACCAGCAUCUUCAUAAGGAUUUUGAACCUUGCUGCAAAGCUGAUCUUCCACCACAUGCUUUACAUUGAAGGCCUGAUGGUAUUGGCUCAUUAAAUAUGAUCUUUGGCGUAAUUGUAUUCUAGCUGUACACUUGCAAUUUUUUGCCAGCGGUGGUAAAGGUUUUUGGUAGAUGGGAUCUCUGAAUUUUAUUGCUCAAAUGACAUGAUCAAUUAUAUAAAAAACGUGGUCACGAAUGACCUGCGGGGCUGUGAGUAGUGAUAUAUGCGCGGAUCAGUUUUGAGUAAUAUAUGGGAGUAAAGGCAAAAUUUUGAUUUAAA